AUUAGAUAGGAAUUAUGAGUAUAGAGGAAAUCAAAAAACAAGUAGAGUAUUAUUUGUCAGAUAAAAACUUGUCCUAAGAUGAAUUCUUCCACAAAUAGAUCGCUCAAAAUUAGGAUGGGUAUCUCCAACUCUAAUUUAUACUUAAGUGCAAUAAGGUUAAGUAAUUGAAAGUUACUCAAGAAUAACUGGUGGAAGCAAUCAAAACAUCAACUGAAGUGGAAUUAAGCCCAGACUCAACAAGUAUUUGUUUAUAUCAAACAUAUUAGGUGUUAGAAGAUUAAACAAUAAGCCUUUACCAGAAUUAAUUAUUACUUAAACCAAUAAAAAAGUAAAAACUAACAGUGGCGAAGCUGUGGCUGCACAAUAAUAAUAGGAAGAAAAACCUUAAGGAGAAGUCAUUGACAAUCCCUAUCAUAAUUUUGAACCACUCAUUUUUACAGUCAAGGCUCCAGCAGGUGUUGCAGUCAAUUGGACUCAAAUCACAGAGGCUCUCAUGAAAUAACAUAAUAUCAGUUCUCCAUAUGUUAGAUAUGGAAAGACUGAGGGAAACUUUGCUCUAAAUAAACCAAGAACACCUGAAGAAAACAUUGUUCGUUUGACAUCAGAGGGCAUCAAGAUAGGAGAACAUCAAUUGGAAAUUCAUGUCACAAAUGGAGAUGAUUUGACAUAGUUCUGGUCACAUCACGGAAAACAUUAUGAAACUAUUAUUAAAAGAGCCAAAGAAACCUUUGAACAUGGUGGUGCUGGCAAGGGAGGCAACAAAAAAUACGAAUAAAGGAAAUAAAAAAAGGAUAUAGUUUUUCAUAAUUAAAAAGUAUUUCUUCAAUUAUUAGAAUUAGUAUAGAGAUAUCUCUUAAUUGAAGAACAUUUUCAAAACUAUAUUGGCUAGAUCUGAAAAUAAUACCCCAUUGAAAGAACCAUAUCAUUCAAUGCUUGUUUCCUUAUUGCAAUAUCAUGAUAAGAAAGACUAAAAACUAAAUGGAUUGAAACACUUUACUGUUGGAUAGCAUCCAGAUCAUGCUGAAACCAGAUGUUUCUUUGCUGUCAAAGAAGAUGGAUCAUCUGAGGAUUUCAGCAGUCUAAAGUGCAUCAAAAAUUUAGAAACAUCUCUAGGUUUAUGAGUAGCAUAAUAACAUUAUAC